UCACAUAUGAACUUUGAGCUACACGCUUGGUAAUUUUAACAUCUCUGAAAGCAAAUAAUUUGAUGUUGUUUAAUGUUUAUGUAUUGCUGUAGUCCGAAGUCUGUCGUGUGUGUGUGUGUGUUGAUUGGCAGUACAAUUCGUUAACGAUGCAAAGAGAAGAAAAACAGUUGGACGCGGCUUUAGAAGCCUUGAUAUUACGUGUGAAUGAUUUGAAAACAUCCAUCGGUUCAAUGCUUUUCAAAUUAGAACAUGAAUACGAAACCAUUAACUGGCCAACUUUCUUGGAUAACUUUGCUCUGAUGUCAGGUCAUCUGACAUCAAUAUCCAAAAUGCUCAGUCAUGACAAAUCACCUGCGCUGCGUAGCCUGACAGUUCUUCCUUUGCUUUUGAGCCCUGAAAGAGAUGAAGAGCUUGUUCGUCUUACCGAAAAUCGUAUUAACACUUUUUCCUAUGAUGUUGUGCCAGAUUAUUUGCGAACGAAACCAGAACCCGAAGUUGAACAUAAAAUGAUGCAGAUGGAGCACAAAGCAGCAAACUUAAGUUUCGAAACAGCACAGAAACAAGUUAGUCAAUACACAAAAGUAGUGACACAAGUUUGGGAACUUGUUAGUAAGGCACGAGAGGAAUGGGAAAGUGAAUCAGGAUCGCGAUCUGGUGCAAACCAGACGUCAUCUAUGGCAGAUACACACACUCUUGUUGCAGCAGUUGGUAUGGGAAAAGGUCUAGUCCCAAUGGUUCAACAACAAGUAGCUGCGGGACCUCCAGGAAUGAUGGUAGCACCAGUGGGUCGACCAGGUGCAGGAGCACAGCAGCCAGGAGGGCCUCUGAAUCCCAACCAGCCAGUACCUAUGGGACCAAUGGGCAAGGCACCUUCAUCAAUCAAAACGAACAUUAAAGCAGCAACUCAAAUUCAUCCAUAUGGACGAUAAAGUGCCGUUACAUAAAGGCCUACCAAUAAUGAUAGAAUGGUCCACACACAUAUAUUUGAAGUAAAAGACUGAUUGUUGUGUUAUUUAUUGAAACUGCUUUAUAUCAUUGCUUUGAAGUUCAAAACAUCAUAAAAGUGUUUUAAGUUAUAAAUGUGGUUGAAAUGAAUGUGUAAAAGGUUGGUUUGCAAGAAAAUCUGUACUGUAUACUGAAUAUGGCUUGCCACCUAGUUAUUCUGUUUUAAUAAUAACCAUGCGUGAACUUUUUUUUUGUGUUUUGCAUAUUAUGAUGAUGAUGAUAGUACAGCAUUUCAGCAGCACAUUGUAAUGACUCAGGUACAUCAUAGAAAUCCAAUCUCUCUCUUAAAAAAGAGAAGCCAUGUGACUGUUGUAGUGUCAGUCGAGUUCAGUGCCUUUUAGACCUUUCUAUAAUCCAUUCUUAGAUUUCUUGAGUGUUCUACUUCUCCAUCUCCACCCCACCCCCACCAUCUCUUAAUGAAAUUUGUUUUUAACCCCAUGCUAAAGCUGAUAUGCAAGUGUAUUCAUAUUUAAAAUGAAAUGGCAGCUUAAAAUUAUUGAGAAUGUAAAAUUGUUUACUGGAUCAGGUGUGGGACAUGUAUACCUGCCUUUCCAGGGUAUGCAUAUACUUACUCCCAACGAGCCUUGGAGACAUGUGUGAUGAACUAACUUAGAUUCCAGCUGAAGUCUGCCUGUUAACCAAUCCAUGUCAGCUACUCAGUGGAAGAGCAUUACUUGCAGAUGGUUGCCUAGCUGUUAGUCAUAGACCAGUGUGUAGUUUUAAUUCUUAUAAGUUCAAAUUAAAGCAUAUUCUGCUUAAUAGUAAGAAAUUUAUCUUUGUGAUAUGACAUUGAAUUGGUAUAUGGAGUUUAGUGAGCUCUUAUGAAUAAAAAAAUGAAUUGUAUACAAAAAAAUCUUGUAAACAAGACUAUUUGUAGGUGUACAAUAUUGAUGAGCAGAACUGAUCAUUAAACAACUAUUUUAAACUGCU